AUUUCAACAUGGUUUAUGGACUACUCGAAGACUUCCACGGCGAAAAACCAUCCAGAAUCUUCAGACUCGGAACCAAGAAAGAGAAGAAAUUCCAGAAAAAGGACACCCUUCGUCAGGAAGUGCUCAACUCUCAUUUCCUUGACAAUUUGCAUAUCUAUGUCGUUCGAGAACGCAAGCUGAGGAGAGAAGAAAGACAGAAACGUCGUGAAUCUAAGGACUCUUCAAAGCAACAUAUGGUCACUGAGAACAUUGAAACUGUCGACGCCGAAAACGAGCAACAGGAUGGAGAAAAAAUCGCAUCGAACACCGGCGAUGCUCCAAAUAUCACACAUCUGGUGGACACUUCUAGCUCGGAUAUUGCUGGUACUACCGACAGUAACAACAACAACGACAAGAAAACUGAAGAGCUGCCAGAAGAAAAGAUUUAGAGCCAACAUCCACUCUACGAUGCUUGACGUACUCUACCAAUCCAUUGCUCUGUGCCAUCAACACAAUCGUUCCAUCAAUUUGCUAUGCUAUUAUAUAUCUAUAAUUUUUCAACCCGUUUAUUAUGCACCCAUUUUACAACUCUUCCCGGAAUGUUUUCUUUUUCCCCGUUUGAUCGAUUGCUUUUAAAAAUUACUAUCACAUCAUUUAUCUCACACUUUUGGUCACAUUUAAAGGAAUUGAUUAAUAAAUUGAUAUA